AUGAAAUAUACAAAAUUUUUAGUCAAAAUUUGUAUUUUAUGUUUACUACCUUCGAUUUCAGCUCAAUUUUACCAAGCACAGAACUUCAACAUUUCAGAUGUUGAGCGUAGGUUUCAUGCACACAUCAACUUCAUUAAGGAACAUUUGCCUCAUGAAAAUUUAUUUAGAGUGAAUGAAAUAAGACCAUUGGUACUAAUUUCAAAUGAAGGAGUACCACUAAAUUAUAAUAGUAUUUCAACCACAAAUGAAGAGUUUACUCAUUAUGGUCAAUUUAACGUUAGUUUUGGUAUUACAAAGAAGAGAAUCGUAAAUAAAGCUCAAUUAAUUACAGCAAUGCAAAUUCCUAGACCUAUAGAAGAAGUUUUGGGUGAAAAGCAUAUGGAGUUAGUAACUGAUAUCACUCAAAGUAAAACAGCUGAAUUCUCAACCACUAUACCUGAAUUCAAAUUCACCCAUACUUUUCCAAAUCUAAUACCAAUGGAAACAUUUACUGCAGCUACAACAACAUUAAAUAAAUUUCAAAAAUAUCAAGCAAGAAUUAAAGAUUUUGACGCAGUGGCAGAAAUUAAAAGAUUGGAAUCACUUUUAGUGUCCUUAAAAAAUCAAAUGUAUCAGCAACAAGUAUAUUUCAAAAAGCAAUUGCAAGAGUUUCAAGCAACACAUGUAAAGCAAAAUGAAUUAGCUUCAAAGUUAAAGAAAUCAAUGUCAGAUUUAUCAAUAAUUAAAACUUUUGAUAUUACAACUCCUACUCCAAGUCCAGUUAUGAAACUUGCGACAGCUGAUAAAUUUCUAAAUCCUGAUGAAUUUGAGUAUGAGUUGAGUAGUAGUAAUAAAAUAAAUGGUAAAAAAGUAAUGGGUCAAAAAAAUCCACCUAAUUCAGUCAUUUUUGAACCUCAAUUCCAGCAACAUCAAAAAGUAAAACAUACAAAUAAAUUAAAAUAUUUCAAACCAAAACUUGCUUGGAAUGAUAUUUUUACUUUUUCUACGUCAGUAUCAACUUCAUCAACUUCAUCAACCUCAAUAUCCAUUUUGUCAACCUCACCACCUACUUCAACAUCUCAUGAUAACUAUCAAGAGAAUUUAAUCAAUGAAAAUUUUGAUCGAGAUUCACUACUAUCACAAGCAAGCUUACCAGAUGAAUCAAAUUAUGAUAUAAUCCAAGAUGAAAAUGAAAAUGAAAAUCAAGUGGAGUAUAUAUUGAACUCAGUUGAGGAGCCCUUUUAUCGCGGUGAUCCAUAUUAUGAUGGAUUGAUGCUUGGUGAACCAGGUGAGGAUUCAUUUCAGUAUAAUUUAGAAGACAAAGCGAAUUUAAACGCGUCUAAGACCACUCCAACUAUUGACAAAGGCGUUGCAAAACCAAUUCCUGAAAUUAUUCUAAAUCCUCAAGAAGAAAAGGAGAAGUCAAUUACUGCAACAACUGUUCAGAAUAAUUAUGUCGAUGAUGAGAGACAUAACACCAAUGAGAAAUUGAUUUCUCAUAAUUUUGAUGAAAAUAUACAUGAUGUAGGUGGUAUGAAAGAUAUUUAUAAUAAAGACUAUUCUCCAAAGUUUAUUGUGGAAGAUAGAUUAUUAAAAAUAGAAGAAAAAUCAAGCAAUGAAAAUAUCCCUUUUCAAGAUCAAAGACAGAUUGAACAACUUAAAGAGUUUUAUAAUGAUGAAUAUUUCAAUCAACCAUUAUAUCCCACUAAAAUUGAUCAAAAUGAUAAAUCAGAUAUUGUAAAUCAAAAUGAUCAGAUGGCUCGACCAGAAAAUAGUACUGCGUCUAAUUUGAUCGAUGAAGCUAUAUUAAAAAAUGCUAGAAGAAGAAAAAAAACACCAGGAAUUGAACAAAUGAAUAGAUUACCUCAUAAAACUUACAAUUUUGAUGUUUUUGAUUUUGAGAAAUUUUCUAGAAAUAAUUUUGAAGUCAUCAAAGUUAAUAGAGUUAUAGUUUAUAUUGCUCUUGUUUUCUUCUUCUUCAUAUAA